GGAUGACGGCGAACCACGUUCAUGUGCCCAAAGUCUACAGCCAUCCAAGCGUAACUGCUGGCAAUGGCCAGGUAAUCCAGAUCUCGAUGCCUCGCUCCCUUUGCACAUGUUUUCCUAGCUCGCUCGGACUUCCGUGUAGUUCAUUUCCGCCCUUACCUCCACCGGAACCUGACCCGUUGUGCGCCUGCCGCGACUCGCGCCGGACCGUCGCAACGACGCGUGACCAGUUGACGGAUGACGGACUCUCACCGCAAUACCUACACACUAUACUAUACUGAGCAACGGUCCCAAGCCAUUGAGCACCCGCGGAAAUCAACCUCUUAGGCUAUAUCGUCAACCCUCUCCGCGCAAUCCCACCUACCGGCACUGUCGCUACACCCAACUUCACAGCACUUGCGUAUGGCGUACACAUUUCGAUGUCCUUCCUGUCCGACACAGUACUAUCGGGAGGCAGCACGCGGCUGCACGUAGCAGGGAACCAGAAGACCGGCGACAGGGUCAUCCGAAAGAGCAAAAGCCAUGGCGGAUUCCUGUCUCCUCUCACGAAGCUUGUGCGCAAUCCAGUGCAGACAAUAGGCGGUGCCGUUGCUAGUCACUACUCCGCGCCUAUCCGGGACACAUCCGACGAAGAUGCAGGUCGCAAGCAGAUAUUGUACCUGCGCAUGAAAAACGCCGAAACAUACCACGAGUGGAAAGCCGCGGCGACGGACCUCGACAUUCUAGAAGGAAACAACGCCUGGAAAGAUAAGGAUGAGUCGCCAGAGUACAAUGCAGCGCUGAUCGAGGCACGACUGCGAGAGCUGGACGAGGCUCGGCUCAGCUGCGACGUGGAGAAGAUGCUGUUCCUGAUGCGGACAAAACUCACACGAGAUCUCGGCGACAUGGGCAGUUUGCGACUGUACAAACACUCACAUAUCGGUACGAAGAGGUUGAUUGAGCGAUACAUCGACUCGGCACAGCAGACCAUGGCGGCUCUGCUCGAUGUCUCAGCCAAGCAGGGCGACCAGUGCCCUGUCGAACCACAGAUGAUCGUGCAACAACUUCUCCAAGCACGCCAAUCAUUUGGUCGCAGUGCACUGCUUUUGUCUGGAGGCGGGACCUUCGGCAUGAAUCACAUUGGAGUGGUUAAAAGUCUUUGGGAUAACGGUCUCCUUCCACGCAUCAUAUCCGGAGCAUCUGCUGGAAGCAUUGUCUGCGCCGUGCUGUGCAGCAGAACUGACGCCGAAAUCCCGCAAGUUCUGCAUGAGUUCUGCUAUGGAGAUCUGGAUGUGUUUGAGAAGGCUGGCGAGCCGGAGAGUAUUCUGCAAAAGGUCGUGCGCCUCUGCCAGACGGGCACCCUCUUCGACAUGACACACCUGAAAAGGGUCAUGCGGCAGAUGCUCGGCGACAUGACCUUUCAGGAAUCGUACAACCGUACAAGGCGCAUUCUCAACAUCCCCGUAUCAACCUCGUCGAUCUAUGAGCUGCCUCGGCUUUUGAACUAUGUCACGGCGCCAAACGUGAUGAUCUGGUCCGCAGUAUGCACCUCAUGUUCCGUACCUCUUGUGUACGCACAAUCCGAGCUGAUUGCGAAGGAUCUGAAGACAGGCAAGGAAGUGCCAUGGGAUGCUGAUCCUGACGCAAAAUGGAUCGACGGUUCUGUGGACAACGACCUUCCUAUGACGCGUCUUGCGGAGAUGUUCAACGUAAACCACUUCAUCGUGUGCCAAGUCAAUCCGCAUGUGGUUCCAUUCCUGGAGAAAGAAGAGGAGAUGCUCGCCGCCGAAGCGCAGGAGACUGCAUUUUCAGCUGGCUCCUAUUGGAUGAGUAGUAUGGCGAGUCUUGCCAAGGGCGAAGUACUGCACCGCCUUCAAGUACUUGCAGACAUAGGCGUCUUUCCCACCUACGUAACGAAGUUGAAGGGGUUGCUAAGCCAGCGCUACUCGGGCGACAUCAACAUCUUUCCAGCCAUAUCGUAUGCCGACUUCCCUCGGGUUCUCAGUAAUCCAACAACGGAAUACAUGCUCGGGUGUCUACUCACAGGGCAGAGAGCCACCUGGCCGAAACUCUCUCGGAUACAAAACCACGUUGCCAUCGAGCUUGCCUUGGACCAUCUGAUUCAAAAGGUCAAAGCGAGCACCGUCUUCAGCUCGGCUCUGACACAAUCAUGCACAUUAUCCCGACCGAGCUCGCAGGGCUAUGAGUCUUCGACGGUGUCUCGGACGCGACCGAACAGUAAGACAUUGCGAUUUGAGACAAGAACACAACCUUCCAGCCCAGUACUAUCCAGAUCAGCACUGAUCAGCCCACUUCUCUCACGCUCGACACCCCGGCUGCCUGCAUACGAUAAUCAGAACCCGAAAAAAUCAGGCUCCCGUACCGCAGACAACAUCUCCUCUUCUACCAAUCCCGAGGAUUCGUCAGAUAGGGAGUACUACGCCGAGAUAGACUCAGACACCUCUGAAGUACUAUCAUCUCCAUCGCCCGUCACAUCACCAUCCUCUCAUGGCCCUACAUCGUGGCCGCCUACGCGGCACACGUCCCUACUGUCCGUAUCUGCACCUACGACCCCUGCGAUAUCGACAUCGUCUGAUCGACACAUUGGCACAUUACUCAACCUUGCCAUGACUCCAGCUACAACUGCCAUACCGGGCCCCAGCUCACCAGAGCUUCGUUAUAAGCGCAUGUUUCACCCCCCUGGACCGGUAGUACCGGAAGUGAGUGUCACACUUCCUUCACCAAAUCACGUCGAGUCCCUUUGCUCUGUUACGCCAUCAACGCCGAGUGCAAGCCCUGCACACAGCAGGCGUGGGAGUGCCGUGGGGCUCAUACUCGACGUUUCUGGUGCAAGAGGAAUGCUCAGGCGCAAGAAGAGCGUGGUGAGCUUCCAUGAAAGUAUCCAAAAGAGUGACUUGAAGUGAGAAUCGACUGUCACCAUCCCUUGUCGUAUAGAAGCCUAGUUCAAGAUGGCAGGUUUAGCGUGGAGUCAACGGUUUUAGAUCAGCACUGCAUACACUGGAGUUUAGAGUAUCUUUAGCAGAUGAGACGGCAGACGAAUUACCCUAUCAAUAUUCGGUAUGAACUGGCAGUCAGAAUAGUGCACCAGUUCGAUAUCAACCAUAAAUAUCAAGUUUGAUCAAUUCAAUACAUCAGUAGCAACUUUCAUGAUGUGUUUGCUGUCAGGAUUCAACGAU